AAUGCAGUGAGUAGUGUGUUCCUUUAAAACAGCAGGAUUUUGAACUAGUUUAUUGCACUGUAUGACUCGCUGGACAACCGUACGGGUGCUUUGGGUCUGGAAUCUAUUUUACACUACAAGCGACACUGUGCCUUGGGGUUUUAAAGAUAUAUUUUAUAAAUAUUGUAACGUUUCAUUCUCCACGGGAGAACAAUUCUGUUCUAAAAAAAGCCAUGGCUUCUGACGAGCUAGCAUCCAAACUGACCCGCCGUCUGAAGAUCGAAGAAGGAGCGGAGGAGCCGGUGUCUCUGUCCGGCACGCAGGAUGGGCUAGCCGGGCGAAGCGAGGAGGAGAAGCCGGCGACGGCGAAUGCAGACUCAGAGUUGGGGGCUAAGCUGCUUCGCAGGACGGAUAUCAACGAUGGGGUUGCUGAGCACCACCAACCCAGCAAAAAGGUGUUCAACCCCUACACCGAGUUCAAGGAGUUUUCUAGGAAGCAAAUCAAGGACAUGGAGAAAAUGUUCAAACAGUACGACGCAGGGAAGGACGGCUUCAUUGACCUUAUGGAGUUAAAGCUGAUGAUGGAGAAGCUGGGAGCCCCUCAGACUCACCUGGGCCUGAAGAACAUGAUCAAGGAGGUGGACGAGGACUUUGAUGGGAAGCUCAGCUUCCGGGAGUUCCUGCUGAUUUUCCGGAAGGCGGCGGCGGGAGAGCUUUCGGAGGACAGUGGUCUUCACGUGUUGGCGCGACUCUCUGAGAUAGACGUCUCCACAGAGGGGGUCAAGGGGGCAAAGACUUUCUUUGAGGCCAAAGUGCAUGCCAUCAGCGAGUCGAACCGCUUCGAGGCAGAGAUCCGACAGGAGCAAGAGGAGAAGAAGAAGGAAGCCGAGAACAAGAAGCAGCGCCAGGCAGCCUUCAAAGAUCUUAAGUCUGCCUUCAAGUGACGCCCGCUCGCACUGUCUUUUUUUUUUUUUUUUUUUUUUUUUUUUUUUUUUUUCCUCUUAAAAUAAAUAAAUAAAUGAAAUCAAACAUCAAGGUCCAGGGGGUGGGUUGUGGGCAAGCCAGGGAGUCUGCAGGAUUUCUUUGGGGGGUGGGGUUGAGAAGGGGAGCUGUGAUUGGUGAACUUAAUAGUAUAACAGGUGUGGCUUUGGGAGUGCUAAAUGGGGUUCUUCAUUACACUUUUCUCUUCCUUGUAACUGAAGGAGACUUGGACUAAAGAUUCUGCACCACGAUUUUUAAAAAAGCUUAUCCAGGUUUGGUUUGGCACAGUUAUUGACAGUCCCUGAAAGACCUUAAUAAAACUUUUUUUUUUUUUUUUUUUUACAGCUAGAUUUCCUUGCAAUGUUUUUUAUAAUGGCUUUUAAAUUGGCUCCUUUAUUUCUUACUGGCUUUAGCAACACAGCAGCCCCGUACAGAGGCAUAUUCACUUUUUUAAACCUGCUGUUUCCUGGUACUGAUUGCUUUCUGAGCUGUGGACUUUGACAGGAAAUGUGACCUACAGAACAGGAAGUUAUUAAGUACCAGAAAAGGAAGUAACUUUUAAUGCAAAACCUAGAACCAUGAGAUAAAACAUUGCAGCACAUGAAAAUAGGAAGCAAUUAAAAUGGCCUAGUACGAGAUAAGGAAAUAGAUUUUAAAGCCUUUAUCUUUAUUUAGUUUUUCAGAUAAUUUCCAUUUUGUUCCUAGAAGUCUGGUGUUGAGAAUUAAGGUUGGGGCAAUACAUAAACUGCCUGCAGUAAUGAUUGAGUAUUAUUGUAAAACAUGCAUGGAACUGAGAUACGUUUUUUUUUUUUCUUUUACUUGACUUUGUCGGUAUAGUUUGAGAAGGAAAAACUAUAAGAAACAGAGUCUGGACUCAGUCUAGAUCCUCAGUGUUGAUGAAACUGUCUGUGUUGCCCCAGCUUUUAUUGAAAACUCUUUAGUCUGUGCCCUACCCUUCAGACCCUGUACUGAAUGUACCCCCUGCACCCCCCUUCCCUGGCCUUGCAUACUGUCAUUUCUGUGAUGUCAUUUCCUGUGCCUACAGGUGCGCUUUCUGAAAAGCAAACAAAGCGCCAAAUAUUGCUUCCAGUGGCCUAUUUGGUCACCACGGCGACCACUGCUGCAGAUAACGCCUAAUGCACAUACAUACAGAAACAAAGAGAAAUGCAAAAGAUACUAAUGAAAUGUAAAAUUCUAUUUUUUAAUGUGAAGAUGGGGGACAAAGUAAAUAAAUAUAUAUAUAUAUAUAUAUAUAUAUAUAUUGCAUGUGUUGUGGUGAUUUCUGGGGUGUUUUGCAUGAUUGGUUUCAUGAGAGGUUCUUGGCUUCACAUUCCUCCUUUUAAUACCAGUUUAGAUUAAUGCAGUCCUGCAGGUAGCUACUUUACCUCUUAUUCCAGUAUCCCUUUAAGAAUGUUGUCUUACUCUUAAUCACCUCUGCUUGUAUUCAUAAAGCAUGGUCAUUUUAAUCUACAGUUUAAAGCUGUGGUUAUUUUUAUCCCAUAUUCAUUUUUCAUAUUAAUAAUACAUUCAAAUUUGAAACUCUGCUAAUGAAAACAAAGUACAAGUUGUUAAACUAAGUUGUUAAAGAAUUGCCCUGUCAAUAUGCAAUAACGGUAUACAUACCUGCAUUUGCUUUGCCCACAUCUAGCUAAAAAGGGUGUUUUAGAAGUUAAAUUUGUAUUUGUUUUGCCAGACACGCUUUGCAUGUGUGUAACUAAAUUUAAAAAACUAAAAACAUGCUUUUUGAAUGCUGUACCUAAUCUACAGGUUUAUCCACAUUAAUUUAACACUUAGUCUGUUCUGAUAUUACAGUGUGAAGCAUAAGGUCAAGGCUCAGGCAGGGGUCCUGUUACCUGCACCACAGGAAGCUGAUGUCUGUGGUCUAACUCGAAGUCAGGACUUUAGUUGCAACUUUUUAUGAUUCUGACCGUUUCUGUUCUAGCAACUGGAAUGACAGGCAGGGUGGCUUGAGUGCUGUUCUAAGACUUGGCUGUGUAAUGCAGUGGAUAACCAGUCUGAUUUGUGAUAAAGAGGAGGACCUACUCUUUGUAGCUCCUGAGUGUGCAUGUGACUCCUGUCCACAGCCAGUGAUCAGUGAAUAAAAUGACAUUGCUGCUCUUGUAACUGCUAGGGCAUGUGGGUUAAUGAAAAUAACUCCCCUUCCUAGCCACUUAUUAUAGCCACCAACUGCUGGGUUCUGGGCCUUGCAUUGUGGUAACAAGCACAAUGUCUGUAAAUACAUUUUUAUUUGUUAUGGCUUUUUAAAAUAUAUUUCUAUCCUCCUAUUGGAUUUACAAUCAUUCCGGCUGCUUUUUAUUUUUUCCCUCAAAGAUAUUAAGGCAUUCUCGCCAGCCACCUAAACAAAGCCUGCUAUGUCAUUUUGCAGAGUGGUGUUCUGCCAGUGCUAUUGUAUUGAAGGCGAGUGUUCUGCCCUCUGUUUGCUUAGCAACCAGGGUAAACAACAUGUCAAUAUUUUGGCAACUUGGAAAAUGAGGAAAGAGUGGGAAUGGGUUAGUGCUAAACCAAUUCGGAAAAAUUUAGAAUUUUACUUGACCGUUUAACCAUUGCUAAAAAUAUGCCUCUAAUAUAUGUUUUCCUUAGUGUUUUAUAGUGUCCAUAUGCACAGAAAUGUUAUUGAAGGAUGCAAACAUGUUUAUUAAACAUAGGGCUUCUCGACAUUCAGAAUAUGUUUGGACAUGUAUUCAAAAAGUUUAAGAAGGAAUUCAGCAGAAUCACAUGCUAUAAUAUCUUGCUUUAGAUUAAGGAAGGGAAGGGAUGAGUGUGGAAUAUAGAAUGGAGGUUUGAUAUCGGCUUUCUGUCUCACAAGCAAGCAUAAAAACAAAUCAUGGAAAAACAAUGAUGUGUAAUGUGUUUUUAAAGGCAUGGGCACCAUUGAAAAGCCAUCAAAAUGUAAUUUCUGUGCAUUCUUUUUAUUAAUACUGUACCGCACAGGUAUUGUGCUGGCUUGGGAAUAGAACAACAGCAGCUGGUUAUAGCCUGUUGACCUUGUGUGUGUAAUAAAGCAAAUUCUGUUUUUCAUGACAAAUGAUGUAUGGACUGUAGUGUAGAUAACCCAUCUCUGUUGUGUUUUUAUCUAAGAGCCUUAUCUGUUACUUGGCAACCUCUACAGUUUCUGUCAAGGAAGUCCUCCUAUUCAAUCACAGUCUGCCAUGUUUGACCAUGACCAAUCACACGUGGCAGAGUUUGGAACUGGGCAUGCCACCAACUGGCUUCCAAUGAGGGAAGCAGCAGCUGAAAUUGGUUAAACUGACCUUUGCAUUGAAUAAACCGACCAAAAUGUUAACUGUGAACUGUAUCUCAAUAGAUAUAUUUUGUCAUCUCGUCGACAUAAGGAUACAGUAAAACCAUGGCUAUCUGUUUUUUGACUGUUUGACUUGAAGUGCAUUGCUGUUUUGUUUUCUUUGUAUGGUAUAUGCAAUCAUUCUAACUGGUUCUUGUUUAAAAUAUUCUGUUUUUUUAUAUAUAUUUUGUUUUUGAAUUCAGGAGCUGCACUUCAGUUCUAGUUGUCUUCCAGACACAUUAAGUAUAAGCUAGAUCAGCACCAUCUGUGGCUCUUAUUGUCAGAAAACAAAAAUAAAUGUGACUGGUCUAGGUUACAUGCACCUCGACUUAUUUAAUGAAAAGUAAAAAAACACAUUCAUUCGUUUAUUGCUAGAAGAACCACUGAAUGAUGGCAAAAAUCAUAAGAAGGAGACAGAUUGAAGCUCAGAAGAUGACAUUCUAUGCUACAACUCAAAUAGCCUUACAGAUAUAAAUGUAUUUGUACAAAUACACACUAUUCAAAGUUAGCUUGGAUAAUAGAGGUGGCUUUGUAUUACAGAAUAUGUAUUGCGUAAAGACAUGCUUACUGUAUCUGAAGUGUGAUCAAAUACAUUUGUGGUGUGUGUGUGUGUGUGUGUAUAUAUAUUUUUUUUUUAUUUAGCUGGUAUCUUCUCUCCAUCUUGAUAAAUGCAUGUUGUUGCUGAUGUUUUUUUUCCAUGUCUUUCCAUAGUCUUAAUGGGAAAUCUGCCAAAUAGUGAUAAUCAUUCCUAACCCUAAAGUCGUGCAUAUGGAUAGUUCUGUUAUAUGAAGAGUGUGCAUCUGGCUCUUGUUUAUUAUAUAAAAAUAAAAUAUGUUACUGAUGAGAUUAAAACCUUGAUGUAGAUAACAAAGGAGCAAAAUAUAAAGAGUAUUUACUUGAACGAUAACUUAAGAGUGCAUGAAGGGAACAAUGAGCUCCCAUUGCUCUUGAGCUAUAUCUUCCAUGCUGUAUAUUGUCCCAUGCAUUGUAGGGUUUACAGUAAAAGGAGUGAUUUAUGAUUUUUAUUUGGCUC